AAUAGUUCUUACAGUGGGCGUAACAAUGACUCACCUCACCGUGGUGAGGGUGAACAGCGAUCCAUCGCCAGUGAAGGACCAUCAGGUGCCCGUGUUCCUGUACAGUAGACAGAGCUUCGUCGCGGACCAGUGGGACCUCACCACCAAUCAGAUCCUCCCGUACAUCGACGGGUUCAACCACGUGUCGAAGAUCGCAGCACUAACGGACGUGGAAAUCAGCCUGGUUCGCGCGUGUGUCCAGAACCUUGUCUACUACGGCGUGGUCACUCUAGUGCCCAUCUUCCAGUACUGUGCUGUGUACAGUGCGACGCCCAAGUUAAGGCAGCUGACUAGGUGUGCAGGCCUACAGAGGCAGUGUGUAGAAUUCUGCGCGAGAUCAUCACGCCAACUCCCAAAAGUUUCGGACCUGUUCCGCAUGUACGCUGGUAUGACGUACGGCAGCACCGUGCGAGACCUGUGCCGGCGCGUGCGGCCGCAGGAGCUGGCCGUGGACGAGCGCAGGCUCGUGCUGUUCGGUGUGCUGGAGGGGCUGAUCCGGCGCGUCUACAAGUACCCAAUCACAAUGCACGACGACGCGUCGUCCCUGGCCAGCGAGCACAGCCAACCCCUCGUCCGGACCUACAACGGACUAGUUUGUCUGGACGAGCUGUGUUGCCAGGGCGGGCUCACCGCCCAACAGCUGGAGGAACAAUUGGAAAGGGACACCAAUGUUGUGUUCAUUGUCAAGUGAUCUAUAGGUACAGCGGCUGUUUCUGAACUGUGUUAACAACUUGAGAGGUGUUGUGUUUACCGACAAGUGAUCUCAUAGAGAAGAACUUGGACUACCGACCAAUGAAAAUGGCAGCGCUGAUUUGCCAGAUAAUCUAUCUUUGAACGAGCAAUUCUUGUUUAUUUAUAUAUUUCGGUGAUCUCGGAAACGGCUCUCGAUUUCGAUGAAAUUUGCUAUAUGGGGGUUUUCGGGGGCGAUAAAUCGAUCUAGCUAGGUCUUAUCUCUGGGAAAACGCGCAUUUUUGAGUUUUUAUAUGUUUACCGAGCAAAGCUCGGUCUCCCAGAUGUUUUCUAUUUAAAAGUCAGGGGUGUAACCGAUAAAAAUAAAGGUUUAGGUUAUAUCGAUGUUCCAAAAUGCUUUCAACUAUAUAGUGUGAUCUAGCUAAGCUUUGCUUGGUAAAUUUUUAACAGGGACUACAAUAUGAAAGAUAAUUUUGCAAUAAUGUGGCAACACCUAUAACAAAUGCCAAGCACUUGUUAUCAGAGUUGCCAGUAUCUCCUAAAAUAUUGCUCGAGUUGUGGCUUAUAAAUCUUAUAAUCGAAGAAAAUCCUUAGGUAUAUGGAAAGUUAUAGAAAAGAAAGCUGUAAACCCUUAAAGAAAUAUAAAUAAACAUUAAAUAAGAAUGUGUAUUUGUGUCUAUAAUGUAUGAUUUGUUUAUCUGAUGAUUAUUCAAGUUUUCAGAGGUUUUCCACGAAACUGUUUACCUAAUAGUAUAUAAAGUUAUAUUUUUGAGUGUUCAUAUUUUACAUAGAGAUAUUUACUGUAUAACUCUUUAAAUUUGUAUUUUAUACCUUACCUGUACAGUUCAAAAAUCUGCUCAAUCUUCUUAGCUAUGUAGAAUAUUUUAAUGCAUAUAUUAUAAUUAAAGUACAUAUAGCUGUUGUUCAUAACGGUGCUACAUAACUUGUAUAUAAGAUUUAUGUAAGUUAAACGUUAAAACACAUGACGUCCCACCGAGUUUCUAUAUAAAUCUUAUACUUAUUUCUAAGAGCAUUUUAAUACGACUAUAAUAGGUAUAUGGUACAUAUUAUAUGUAAGUUUUGUACCUAAUUUAAUGAUAGAAAUUGCCAAAUAUUUAGUGGACUGUAUGAUGUAGUAUGUAGUUGGGUAGUUAUGUUAUUUCAAUCAAAAUCAUUGUUGUAAAAUGCAGCUGGAGUGAGCGAAAGUUUAUGAGUUUGAAAACAAAAUAUAUUUUCAAAUUAUUCAUUAUUGUAUUUCUUUCUAGGUUAACCUAGAAAUAAAAGUUUCGUUAAUACAUGAAUAUGAUUUUAAAUAAUCGCAUUAAUAAGGCUUGCUCUACUUUUUGCUGGGUGUUCAUUUGACCCAUACCUUACAAAAGAUGUUAGGUGUAGGUAUAUAAGGUGUAAAAGCCAUCACAGAUAUAUACUCGCUCCUCCAAGCUGCAGCGCGUAUAUGCGUGGUCUAGUCAGACGAACGUCUACCGUUUUGUUUAGAUUUCUCGACUAGUCAACGUUUCUUUGUGCCUUAUUUCCUGUACAUUUUCUUAAAUCAUUAACUUUUUAAUUAUUAGGUAUCGGAUUAUUGGACUAUCACGUGAAAAUAUAACGAGACGAUAACCUUUAGACCGCUACACAUGGUCGGCUGUGUCCGUCAUAGGAGUCUUGCCAAGGACGCCAACGACGGGUACUGACGACAACUUAGCCAAUGCAAUAUGGACUUACAGGGGACUCUGUAAAGAUCAAUUUCGCUUAAAUAAUCGCGAUCGCCUGGCGUCCCAAAGGUUAUUAAUCAUCAUUUUAGCGUGAAUAUAAAUUAGCUCAGGACGAUAUUAGUGCUGUUUCAAGUCAGUUGAGUUUCAAAAUUGACUCAAUAUAUUUUAUAAUAUUUUAACGUGAUCAAUCAAUAUAUUUUCACGUGAUCGCGUUCUGUUUUCGCGACACAUAUUUAGUCUCAUUAUUUUUUAUGGUUGUUUUAUUUUGGAUAGAGAAUAAUUGUUGAUUAUAAUUAAGAGAUUAUAAUGACGUAGUCAUUGGUUGUAUUGACGCCGCGUAAGGUGUAUCGAUGUUAAUAUUUGUUAAAAAUGUUUAUUUGCCGACGACUCAUUAAAUAUAUUGAUUUUUA